GCAUUUAACUUAUUUACAUCCAUUUAACUGACUGAAUUCUGUGGAUUCUCCAUCUCAGUUAGAGAUGCUUUUCAGACAGAGAUUUUAUAUAGCACGCAUUAGUCAUUCACAUACAGUGUAUCCAGAAAGUUUUCAUAGCGCAACCUUUCAUCAGGUUGGAUAGGAAGCGACGGUGUACAGCCAUUUUCAGAUCACUCCAGAGAUGUUCAAUAGGAUUUAGGUCUGGGCUCUGGUUGGGCCACUCAAGGACAUUCACAGAGUUGUUGUGAAGCCACUCCAUUAAUCUUUAGGCGGUGUGAUUUGGAUCAUUGUCCUGCUGGAAGACAACUUUCGCCCCAGUCUGAGGUCAAGAGCACUCUGAAGCAGGUUUUCAUUAAGGAUGUCUCUGUAAAUUGCUGCAUUCGUCUUCUGAAAAAUAUCAUCACAGCAUGAUGCUGCAACCACCUUGCUUCACUGUAGGGAUGGUAUUAGACUGGUGAUGAGUGGUGCCUGGUUUUCUCCAAACAGAACUCCUGGCAUUCACUCCAAAGAGUAAUUUUAGACUCUUGAAUUUUAGACUCAUCAGACCAGAGAAUUUUGUUUCUUAUGGUCUGAGAGUCCUUCAGAUGCCUUUUGGCAAAUUCCAGGCGGGGAGUGGCUUCCGUCUGGCCACUCUACCAUACAGGCCUGAUUGGUGGAUUGCUGCACAAAUAGUUGUCUGUCUGUAAGGUUCUCCUCUCUCCACAGAAGACCGCUGGAGCUCUGACAGAGUGACCAUCAGGUUAUUGAUCACCUCCCUGACUAAAGCCCUUCUCCCCCGAUCACUGAGCUUAGAUGGCCGGCAAGCUCUAGGAAGAGUCCUGGUGUUUCCAAACAUCUUCCACUUUUGGAUAAUGGAGGCCACUGUGCUCAUUGAAACUUUCAGAGCAGCAGAAUCUUCUAUAACCUUCCCCAGCCUUGUGCCUGGAGACAAUCCUGUCUCAGAGCUCUACAGACAAUUCCUUUGUCUUCAUGCUUGGUUUGUGCUUUGACAUACACUGGCAACCCUGGGACCUUAUAUAGGUGAAUGCCUUAGGUGUUAAGCUCAUUUUCAUGAGACCAUGGGCGACAUGAAAACCCCAGACUUUGAUGAUCUGCUUGCGGCCUUUGACAUUCCUGAUAUGGUUGACCCCAAGGCUGCCAUUGAGUCUGGCCAUGAUGAUCAUGAGGGACAGCUCAAACACAGUGCCCACCAUGAAGAGGACUCCCAUGCCACCUCUGGUCCAGAUGUCGGGGUUAGUGUUAUUGUUAAGAACGUUCGAAAUUUUGAUGUCUCUGAACAUCUUUCAGAGAAGGAUGUUCAUCCAACUGUGGGAAAUGGAUUGCACAAUGGAUUCUUGCCUGUGUCGCCCAACAACAGAUACAGAAAAGAGAGUGACAAGCUUCAAAAAGGAGAAAUCCAUGGGAUGGCAGGAAAUAUCUCCACAUUUAACCAGUUUAGUCCAAUCUCUAGUGCAGAGGAGUUUGAUGAUGAUGACAAGAUUGAAGUAGAUGACCCUGCAGACAAACAAAGUCAUUUAUCAUUUAGGCCAAACCCUUUAACUGGUUCGGGUGCAAAGAUGGAAGAGCCUCGUUCUCAACACACAAAACCAGAUUGUGCAUCAAGGCUGAGAACAAAUGGCAACUGCCAUAAGCUAAAAGUUGAGAAUGGCAGCACCAAUGGAACAAUAGGGCAUGCAAAACUGCAUGACUCUCAAAAACCAAGAAAAAAACAAGAGGAACACUCGAAAGAAACCUCCACAUCUCAAGAAGCAAAAGAACAUGCAGAACCAGUUGUUGAGUUGAGUGUGACCAACUUUUCCCAAGCCAAGGCCAAAUCAUCUGCAAAGCUAUCAUCCUGCAUUGCUGCAAUUGCAGCAUUGAGUGCAAAGAAAGCUAGCACAGAAACAGUGCCUCCAGAAUCCAUAGCUACCACUCGAGAUUCACCCAGAGAGACUAAAGAGAUCCCAAAAGUUACAGAAAAAUCACUAAACCAGGACUCUACGCUGGAGCUUGGCAGGAAGGUGCUCAUAAAACAACCUGAUAGUCCUAGCAGUGUUACAAGUGAAAGCAGCAGCAAAGAGUCUCCUACUUCUCCUGCAGGAUCCAUACCAGUCAUUCCCAAAGUUCGCAUUAAAACGAUCAAGACAUCUUCAGGGCAGAUCAAGAGGACAGUUACUAGAGUCCUGCCUGAGUUUGAUCCUGAUGGCUUGAAGAAGGGUAUUGAUUCUUCAUCCAAUGUUGUGUCUUCUCUCCUGUCCUCAUCAACUUUGCCAACCACAGUAGUAGCAACUUCCGGAGGCUCUGCCAUUGAGGUAACUAAACAAAUGACUAUCAAACCUGUGGCCACUGCCUUCUUGCCUGUCUCAGCUGUCAAAACAGCAGGGUCACAAGUGAUUAACCUGAAACUUGCCAACAAUACCACUGUAAAGGCCACAGUCAUACCAGCGGCAUCUGUUCAGAGUGCCAGCAGUGCCAUCCUUAAAGCUGCUAAUGCCAUUCAGCAACAAACUGUCAUGGUGCCUGCUUCCAGUCUAACAAACACCAAACUUGUGCCAAAGACUGUCCACUUAACCAACUUAAAUCUCUUGCCUCAGAAUCGAUCAUCGGCUGAGCUACACCAGGCCCUGACCAAGCCCCAACAGCCCAUCAAGCAAGCCCUGUUGGCCCAACAGCAACAAAAGAAGGUGUCUCGGGUCCAGGUCCUAACCAGUUCCCAGAGCUCAGUGGUGGAGGCCUUUAAUAAAGUUCUAAGUAGCAUUAAUCCUGUCCCAGUUUAUGUACCCAAUCUAAGCCCUCCAACUUCUGCCUGUAUAUCGUUACCAUCCCGUGGAUAUAAGUGCUUGGAAUGUGGUGAUUCCUUUGCCCUGGAAAAAAGUCUCACUCAACAUUAUGACCGUAGAAGUGUCCGCAUUGAGGUCACUUGCAACCACUGCACCAAAAAUCUGGUCUUCUACAACAAGUGCAGCCUUCUAUCACAUGCUAGGGGCCACAAAGACAAAGGUGUUGUAAUGCAGUGUUCACAUCUCAUACUAAAGCCAAUUCCAGCUGACCAGAUGAUCCUGGCCCCCUCGGUAACUUCCAGUGCUCCCACCUCUUCAGCUAACCUUGGAUCCUCGAUAGCAGGGAGUCAAGGGAAGGGAAACUCAACCACAGUGAUCUCUGCGCCCUCUUCUGCCCCUGUUGUUGCUGCCAUGCCUCUUGAUAAGGAUGCCUCCAAGGUCUGCAGAUCGAAUCUGAAGUGCUUGGAAUGUAAUGAGAUGUUUCAGGAAGAGUCAGCUCUUGUAAUGCACUACCAGCAGGCUCCUGAAUCAAGUGGACAGAAAACCUGCACCAUUUGCCAAAUGCUGCUGCCAAACCAGUGUAGCUUUGCCUCCCAUCAGCGCAUCCAUCAGCACAAGUCUCCGUAUAUCUGCCCUGAAUGUGGAGCUAUCUGUCGAUCUGUCCAUUUUCAAUCCCAUGUGACCAAGAACUGCCUGCACUACACACGCCGUGUGGGCUAUCGCUGUGUUCACUGUAGUGUCAUCUUCGCCGACGUUGCCGCUCUCAAGUCACACAUUCAGGGAUCCCACUGUGAAAUCUUCUACAAAUGCCCCAUCUGCCCCAUGGCUUUUAAAUCGGCCCCUGGUGCACAUUCCCAUGCCUACACCCAGCAUCCAGGAGUUAAAAUCGGAGAGCCUAAGCUGAUCUACAAGUGUUCUAUGUGUGACACAGUUUUUACCCAGCAGACUUUGCUCUACACGCACUUUGACCAGCACAUAUCCAGUCAGAAAGUGUCUGUCUUCAAGUGUCCAGACUGUUCGGUGCACUACGCCCAAAAGCAGCUCAUGUUGGAUCAUAUUAAAUCGAUGCAUGGCACCUUAAAGACCAUCGAGGGCCCUCCAAACCUGGGCAUUAAUCUUCCUCUCAGCUCCAAACCUACUAAUUCCCUGAGUCCCAAUAACAACAGCAACAACAAGGAGAGCGGCUCCAUCAGCUGCCUGGAGAAGGGAGAGAAGAAACCAGCAUCACCGACAAAGAAGAGCAGUAAUGGGACAGACCUUCCCAAAACCUCCUGCCCAGGCUGGAACUGCAGAGAUUGCGACCGCUUGUUCACACAGAGAGAAGUCUACAUCUUGCACAUGAAAAGAGAGCAUGGGAAGCAACUGAAAAAGCAUCCGUGUCGGCAGUGUGAAAAGUCCUUCAGUUCCUCUCACAGCUUAUGCAGACACAACCGAAUCAAACACAAGGGCCUACGGAAGGUUUACUCGUGUCCACACUGUCCUGAUCCAAGUCGAACCUUCACAAAAAGACUGCUGUUAGAGAAACACGUUCAUUUGAUGCAUGCCGUUAAAGAGACCGAAGACAAGCUUCCAGCAGAUUCCAGCAGCAACGAAGCCAUGGCGGACAAAGAGCAGGUUCCCAGUCCCAAAAGAAAGCUCCGCUCUGAAGAGGAAGACGCUGGUGGCCAAGAGGAAGCGGAAGAACCCAAAGGAGACGUGACUUCCUGUCAGCGGCCGAAGAGCUCGUCCCUACAACCUCUAAAGAAGCUGAAGAUCAACGUCUUUAAAACGCACAAAUGCGCUGUGUGCAGCUUCACCACUGAAGACAUUGUGCGUUUCCACGAGCACAUUCCCCAGCACAAGACCGACGUCUCGUCCUUCCAGUGCCGCGAAUGUGGCCUGUGCUACACCUCACACCAUUCGCUUUCACGACACCUCUUCAUCGUGCACAAGCUGAAAGAGCCGCAGGGAUUUGGGCGGCACAACGGGCAGCAGGAGAACACACCAAACCCCGAGGACAACGGCGGCAUCCCAGACACUCAAUGCAAAGUAUGUUCAAAGACAUUCGAAACAGAGGGAGCCUUAAACACACACAUGCGGACGCACGGAAUGGCCUUCAUUAAGUCCAAGCGACAGAGUGCAGCUGAGAAGUAAGAAUGGAGUUGGUUUAUAAGGAAUUAUUUGUUUGUAUAUUGUACAGUCCCAAGUCUGGUACAAAAGGUUGGGGUGUUUUGUGAAAUGCAAUGGAAUCAAGAAUAUGUGAAGGCUGGAUUAUACUUCUGCAUUAAGUGAUCGUCGCAUGCCUUGUGUAGUCGUGCAUUUAUACUUCUGCAUUCUGUUUGUGUUGCUCUGCUAUAACACUUCUGAAACACUAGCAAGGCAGGGGGGUUUAAUGUUCCUUUGUGUCGAGAUUCUUUGUUUUUAAAGGGGUGGUCCACUACAAUGUCGUAUUUUAAACUUUAGUUGAUGUGUAAUGUAGCUGUGAACAUAAACAACAUCUCUGAAUGUAAUACGCUUAAAGUUCAAUACAAAGGGAGACACUGGCUUUUAUAUAGUUAACUUAGCAAGGCCUACAUCGAAUGAAGUUUGGGCACUACAAAGAAAAUACAUUCGGGUUAGUGAGAUCACAAAUGCUUCAGGCUACGCGCAUUAACCCCGUGCAGUGAAGGGGCGUGGCCAGAGAAACUGUAAUGUUAUAGCAGGGAAAGCUAAAAUGCCGUUCAAAUGCUACUGUUUCCACAGAGCUUUUCUGUUUCUGUAUUUGGGCUUCCAACGGUCAUGACACAAAGAGAGCAAUGCUUACAAUUUAAUUUAAUUAUGUUCCAGAGAAUUAUAAAAAUAUAUAGCUAGCAUUUGACAAAGGACAGCUUCCAGAAUUUCUCCCAGUUCAGUGCUGGAUUCAGCUAAAAAGUCCUCAAAGGAUGAGCAGCUCCAACCAUAAUAGACGAAGCUGUGGAUUGUGAGCCACAAUCUGUAAGUGUCUUUAUUUGUUCAAUCAAUUUCAUGCAAUUUGAUGCACAGUGUCUAGCGGUAAUGGUAUGUUGUUGCGAGGAUGUAAACAAAGAUGUAAAAAACGGGAAAUGCUGUUUGACACCGUCAACAAUUUAGCUACAAAUUCAUAUUUAUUCGUCAAACCACUGUAAACACCCACAAUUUUCACCAACGCUGCAGUGUCUCUCUAUACGGCUGCUUUCUCUGCGUUCUACAUCUCAAAUAACAAACUUGCAAAAGAUAUGUGAAUAAGACACUUUUCAGAUUUUAUUUUAGAGAGCAGGCGUAAGAUUUAGCUGUGUCCUUUGUGUUAUUUUCUUUCUUACUUAGGCUCAAACUGAUACGGCUAACAGCUACUCUGACUGACAUUGUUUUCACAGCACAAAAGCGCGUGCUAGAGGCUUGAAGCUUUUUCUGUUGACAUGGACCCAUUCCGUGAAUUACAGCACAUUAUGUUAGCUGACCAAUCAGAGCCUCCUGAGGUCGGGCCUUUUGAAGGAACUAGGAAAUAUUUCAUUUUUAUGUCAGUUGAGUAGCUGUAUAUAAUCAAAGUUUGAUAUAUGAAAAACGUGAUAUUUUUACAAGUAAAGCAUGGGCACACAUUGAUUUGCAUCUUAAUAACACAACCAAGCCUUAAAAUGACACUCUGGACCACCCCUUUAAUGCUACCUUACUGUUCAAGUAGCUCAAACUCACUCAUUCAGAAGCAGGAACCGGCGGACAUGCAACAACUUUAACCAUAAGGUAAUCACAAAACAAAAGUUUCCAUCUGGAGCUCCUCCAGAAGUAUAAAUCAGCCUUGAUUGUUAAAACGACACUUCACCCAAAAAUAAAAGUUUAGAACCACGAGAAGUAGAUGAUCAGGAAAUUUUCAAGAAUUUUUUUUUUUGUUGUUGUUGAACACAAAACAAGAUAUUCUGAAGAAUGUUGGAGAAAAAAGCCACCAGCUAUUU